AUGACACAGACCGCCGUGGCAAGAUUGCAACAACAGCAGCAGCAGCAGCAACAGCAGCACGAAGAGACAGUUACCAGAGAUGCCAGAAUCAGACUAAAUCUGAAAAAAACGUUUAUGGAUGACGAGUUCUUCUUUCCAGAGGUGAAACUUCUAGCAGGUCCCAAUUUGAAUACUGCGAGCGGAAGGGAGUUUGCUUCACCGGUAAAUUUGCGUGCGGUUCUCAAGUCAAAUUUGUCCAUGGUGCCCAAAUCGGACGCUGGUAAAACUUCUUUGGACGGAACCAGACGUUUCACAGGACAACAAUACUACCAGAAUCAGCUUCUGGCAGCGGUCCAGCAGCAGCAACAACAACACCAGAAACAACAGAGACAUCAUCAGCACCAGCAACACCAGCAUCACAAUCCGUAUCUGAACAACUCUGGAUUCCAGGUGUAUUCGCCGCAGCAGGACGUGAACGCCAUCAAGGGGAUCAGAAACUGGUAA